AUGAAGAAAGAUUACGAGUUCUAUAUUUGUGAAGGAGUUGGUUUGGCUAUAAGUGCCGUAUUGGUAGUGUUUUUGACUUAUGUUUGGGACAGAAUGUUGGAUAAAAAGCGACGACAAAAGAUGGAAAAGGUCCUUGAACUAGAGGUAGGUCCCUUCUUUAGCUCUCUAAAAACUACUACACUUUUUCUCAUUAUAAAGCUAUUAAAACAAACUUUAUAUUAUCAAAGCGCAGUAAAAUUUGCUAUUUUUGAAGUCCUUUAAAUUCGCCAAAACUUAGUUAAAUAAAAAAAAUUUGAAAAAUUGAAAAAAUUGGCUCGGAAAAAGAAGAGUCGAGCUUGUUCGAGCUACUGUAACUUUUUAAAAUUAAAAAACUUUUUAAAACUGUUUACAUCAUUAGAUUCACAGUAAAAUGCGCUAUAUUUCAACUUAUCCAAAAUCUGCAGAAACUUCCUUUACAGCUGCAAAAAUUAAAAUUUUAACAAAAAAUCCCUAAAUUUUAACCAAAUUUAAAAAAAUAUUAUAAUUAUCGUAUUUUAGGUCGAAAUUUCUCGAAACAACAUCAAUGUGUUGCCAGAUGAUCCCGAACAUAACAUGCAAAAGAAAUACAUCGCUGCCGUCACCGAACAACGCAAACUUUUGAUCGAAUUGGGAGUGCGCGACAAGGAAGUCAACAGCGAUUUCAAACCUGAUUCUGUUAUGGCCUAA